AUGCCUCCAACCAACAAUAACACCGCGACAAGAACUGGCCAUGACAACUCCUUUAUCCGCAGCCUCCGGUUGGUGGUGGUUAUCAUCUUUGUCAUCGUGAUGGCCAUCAUCAGCAUAGCAUGGCUCGUCAUGCAUCCGCGUGAUCCUGGUUUUGGGGUGACGUCACUUUCUGUGACCAACUUCAACGUCUCGGAUUCGCAGGUACGAGGUAGGUACGAGGUGGUGCUAACCGUAACAAACCCGAGCAAGAUCAAAACCGAAGUGGUGCUUCACCGUGCAGCCAUGCUUUAUGGUCAAGAGUGGAACUCAGUGGCCGAAGUGCAACAACAAAGCGUGUUCGUCGAGAAGUUGACCAACAAGAGUGUGAAGGUUGACUUGGAAGUGAAGGAUCCGCACGAGAAAGUGGUGCCUGAGGUUCUGGUUAAGGACUGGAACAAAGGGGUGGUUAACUUUAACGUGGUGUUGAAUGUUAUGGUUAGAUUCCAAGCUGGAAUAUGGCCAAGCAAGGAUAAGUUGUUGGAAGUUCGGUGUAAGGAUCUUGAUGUGGAGUUCUUCUCUCCAACAAAAGACACUGGCAAGCUUUUGGGCAUAGGAAAGCACUGCAACACUGAGAAUAAAGUGGGGCAUGAUUAG